AUGGGUUCCGGCGCGGACGCGGACGGGUGGUGCGAUCUCGGGGAGCUCGAAGACGCCGCCAAGGAGAGACUCAAGGUGUUGCAUCAGCUGGACGCCGCGUGGCUGUCGCGUCCCUGGGACGAGGAUCUCCUGGACAGGAUAUCCGCGGGGCUCUUCCGCGGCGACGAGCGCGGCGAGCGCGUGUCCACCGCCGCGGUCAGGCUCGCGUUCUGCCACCACGAAGCGUCCAGGCGAUGGCUCGCCGAGCAGGAAUCGCGUCUGCUGUCGUCCCGGAUCAGGCUCGGCGAGACGUCGCUCGCCGACGUCGAGCGCGCGACGGCGGAGAUGGACCGUCACGACGCGAACGAUGACGACGACGGCGACGACGGUUCGCAUUCCCGAGCUCUGUUCGGAACCCCGCCCCCGCCCGAGGCGAAUCACAGGUGGAUCCCGUUCGAGCGCGCGGCGCCCCUUCUCAGACGCCGCGACGUCCGGCUGUGUCGCGGCUGGGCGAGCGUCCCCGAGGAUCGAAUGCGCGACGUCCUGAUCGCGACGUACGCCGACAAACUCGUCAAGGAGCUCGAGACGACGCGACGACGUCUCGCGCACGUCCACACCGCCGCGGUCGGGUCAUCCGCGGGGUUCGGGUCCCCGGGUGUCGGCUCGUGUCUGCUCGAGCUGGCGCGUUGGCGGCCGGCCAGGGACGAAUACGAUUUUUUGGGACGAGACGACGAGGACGAUCGUCGUGUUCCUUCGUCUUCGGCACGCGCGGGGGCGGGGGACGUCGCGCGGGGGCGAAUCGGCGGUGGGGGUGCCGAUCGGGGUGCCGACGGGGUCGCCGACUGGGGUGCCGACGGGGCGGCGUUCAAUUUCGAGGGCGACGCGACGGGGGGACGCGGGCAGUGGCGCCGGGGUUGGAGACGGAAGAAAUCCAAGGAUCGCCGAUCCCGCGGGGGAAGCGAUCCCGUCAUCGCGUCGAGCCUCCCCGCCGGUUUGCACGUCCAGCCCACGCGGGUCGACGGACCGUACGGGCGGUUGCCCGCCGGUCCGUGGACGGUUGAGCUCGGCCCGGACGCUAAACGCGUGCUCCGGGUGCUCAGACGGGGAGUCAAGGGCGUCGCCGCGAGACCGUACCCGCCGUGCGUGAGGCGACACCUUCAGACGCUUCACCGGGAGCGGCACCUCAAGCACCACUCGCGCUGGCAGCUCACGCUGUUCCUCAAGGGCGCGGACAUGUCCGUGGACGAGGCCCUCGCGGUGUGGCGGUCGCAGUUUUCGCACGGCAAGAUGGCGGAUUUUCAGCGCGAGCACACCUACGCGGUGCGACACUCGUUCGGUUUAGAGGGCAAGAUGGCGGAUUACCCGCCGCACACGUGCGAGAGGCUGGGGAAAAACUCGGCCAGGGGCGACGGCGAGCCGGGGUGCCCGUUCGCGGGUUGCGCGGGCGCGGGAGGCGGGAGGAACGAUCGCGUCGACGCGCUGCGACGAGAGCUCGGCGUCUUGGUCGAUCCCUCCGCCGCGGACGAGGUCGCGGCGGUCGCGGCGGCGGGGGCGCCGAGGGCCGCGUGCCGGGCUCUCUUCGAUCACGCGCACGGGAUGUCGCCGGGGACGGGGCCGCUGCGGGACCUGCGGUUCCCGCACGAUUGGUACCACGCGAGCGUCGACCUGGAGGACGAGGCGCGGGAGGCGGCGGGUGCGCCGAAGGACGGCGGCGGCGGCGGCGGCGGGGGGGAGCGGGGCGGCGAAGGGGAGGGAGCGGCGGGGUCGCCUCCGCGGCGAAUGAGACGGCGACACGUGGAGCUCGAGCUCGAGUCGUCGAGCGACGAGGACGAGGACGAGGACGGUGACUCGCGCGAGCUGCGCGAGCUGCGCGAGGUUCUCGGAAACGCGUAG